ACUAAAACUAUAUCGAAGUUUGCAAAAUCUUCACAAGCAAUACUCCUCAAGCCAUCAGUCCCAUGCAUGACCAGGGGGUUUCUAAGUAAUAUAAAUACAUAAUUUUACAUGCAUAAUUACAUGCAUAUUUUUAAUUGGUCAUUUACAACAUCUGACUCUUAAACAAUCUAUUUAACUAAAACCUUUGCCAGAAGAAGGUCCCAGUGCUGUUUAAUGAAUCUAAUACUUAACACCAACAAACACUUGACCUACACAUAAUGAAUAACUUGGAAAAACUUAUUUUGGAGAGAUUUAGCAAAAAAUAGUCUCCUUUUAGAAUCUGCUCCUCUUUGUUAUCAUCAUAAAACAUUAAGAAGAUGAGGAUUCCACCUGCAUUAGAAGGAGGAUGUAGCGAUGUCCUCUCAGCCAAUCAGCGUGCAGGAAAAUCAGCGGAAUCAGAGACCGCGAUCCUUUCAGAAUAAAAGCCUCUGACUCAACUUCAGCCUCGCUGUUCUGAAGAACCGAGACACCCGCUUCCGGGUCCCUCGGUUCUGUCCGUGACCCACCGCUGCUCGAGACUCACCUCCAGCGCGCGCGCCUGCUGACAUGGGCUGCAGGUUCACCUGCACCAAGCAGUGCCUGUGCGCCAUCAACAUCCUCUACGUGAUGGUGAGCGUGCUGAUGAUCGCCAUUGCUGCGUGGGGAAAGUGGUUGGGUCUGCUGUCCAGCUUCCAGGUGGUUGGAGGAGUGAUCGGCGUGGGCGUCUUCCUCUUAUUGGUGGCACUGGCGGGACUUGUUGGGGCCGUGAAGCACCACCAGGUCCUUCUCUUCUUUUACAUGAUCAUCCUGCUCCUGGUCUUCAUCGUGCAGUUCUCUGUGUCCAGCGCCUGCCUGGCCAUCACCAAGGAGCAGCAGGACCACCUGUUGGAGAUGGGCUGGAACAACUCUGACAGCACUCAGCAGGAUGUGGAGAAGAGCCUUAACUGCUGUGGCUUCAGACACGUCGACCCCAACAGCACCUGCAGCGCUGCCUGUUUCCAGAACCAGUCCUGCCAGCCAUGUGCAGAGACCAUCCAGGACCACGUGGGAGAGGUCCUCCACUUCGUUGGAGGGAUCGGACUCUUUUUCAGCCUUACUCAGAUUCUGGCAGUUUGGCUCACCCAUCAAUACAGGAACCAGAGGGACCCUCGAGCCAACUCGAGUGCUUUCCUGUGAGACGCACAGUCUUCACCGGAUCCCUCCAAAACUCCUCUGUGUUCUCCUGUUGUGUCUCUGCUGUGAUGACAUGGGGGGGUCAGGCAUUUUAAAAGUGACGACCAGCUGCUGGCUGCACUUAGAAGGCGUCGGACGCCCAGCUUUCCACAUGCAACUGUGAUUUAUGUGUCUGUUGGCUUUUUUUACAUG